UUAUCCUCAGUUCAGUAGUCUCUAUCCCCCUCUCUCUCUCACUCUCUCUCUCUCCCCAUGUGUUUUUUUGCGACUUUUCCCAGUUUCUACGUGCGAGACUUCUUGGCCGGGUUUGCAAAAACCACCGUUCAGCAACCGCUUCCUCCGCUCCAAGCCGUAACCGCCACCGCCACCGCUUCCUUCUUAACUCUCUCUGUCUCUCUCUGUAUACAUAUACAUAUAUAGAGACUCUCGUACGCCUUGUCUUUGGCAUUUGGGGCAGGGCGAGCAGAUAUGGGCAAUGCGAACGGAAGAGAGGAUGGAGCCAAUGGCGGCCCCCUCCAUGAAAGCGGUGAUCCUUCCGAAACCAGGAGAUCCAACGGUGAUUUGCUCAACAACUCGCGUCCUCCUCCUCCGGUUCGCGCGGUUUCUUCCCAUUCGAUGGCCAAUUCGCCGCCGGGGAGCCCCCCCCUCUCGCGAUCCCCUCUCAACUUCGCACCUCAGAUUCCUGUAGCUCCUCUUCAAAGGAAUGAUGGCCAUCCUCCUUUCAAUCAAAUGUGGCAAAAUGAAUCUCUGGGGGCUGAACUUCCUCAUGAGCACGGCAUACCUACUCUGAUAGCGUGGAACUUUGGUGGUAAUGAUGUUUCUGUGGAAGGAUCUUGGGACAGUUGGACAUCAAGGAAAACACUGCAAAGGUCAGGUAAGGAUCACUGCAUUCUUAUGGUCCUGCCGUCAGGUAUAUACCAUUACAAGUUCAUUGUAGAUGGUCAACAGCGAUAUAUUCCAGAUCUUCCUUUUGUGGCCGAUGAGAUGGGCCAUGUUUGCAAUGUUCUUGAUGUCCAUGAUUAUGUGCCGGAGAACCCUGAAAAUGCUGCAGAGUUUGAAGCCCCGCCAUCUCCCACGUCCAGCUAUGGUGUAAGCUUUCCAGGGGAGGAAGAUUUCGCGAAGGAGCCUGUUUCAGUUCCACCCCAACUCCAUCAAUCUGUCUUCGGUGCAGAAAAUUUAGGCGACAAUGCUUCAUCUUCUUUAACGCCGUCUCCCCAACAUGUGAUGCUGAACCACCUUUUCAUAGAGAAAGGAAAGUCAUCUCCGUCUGUGGUUGCUCUUGGUUUAACCCACAGGUACCGGUCCAAGUAUGUGACAGUAGUCGUCUACAAGCCAUUCAAGAACUGAACCUUUGUCUAAUUCCUAAUGCUAAGAAGACCUGUAAAUAACAAAACCUUCUGGUCUGGCUUUCAGUGUAACUGUGAAUAGAACUGCUCAGCAGUCAGCUCUCAAUGUUUCAACUCUCUUUAGCCAUGUUCUAUGUUCCCAUCUUUGUACAAACUGUUGUUGGAAUUUACUUUUAGCC